ACAAUCCUAAAAGCCCGCCCAGCGCAGCUACUUAACUUCCUAAAGUGAAAGUGUGUAGACUUUCUCCAACUCUUCAGUCUCAGCAAGCUAAUGUGUUGCAACUUGUGAUUACACAAAAUGACAGCUAUUGAGGGAAACCCACAGACACCGAGACCUCGCAGAUCAAUGGGUCUCUUUAACAAUAUCAAGUUUUUUGUACUGUGUCAUGGGAUGCUACAGCUUUCUCAGCUCUUGGUGUCUGGUUAUCUGAAGGGCUCCAUAACCACUAUUGAGAGACGAUAUGGAUUUUCCAGUCAGAAGAUGGGACUACUUGCAGCCUUUAAUGAGGUGGGGAACACGGUUCUCAUCGUGUUUGUGAGUUUCUUUGGGAGUCGUGUACAUCGGCCGAGAUGCAUUGGAAUCGGAGCAAUGAUCGCUAGCAUGGGGGUGUUCCUUAUAGCACUACCUCACUUCAUUGAUGGAAAGUACAACUACACAGGCAUAAAUAGCAACACCAAAGGCAACGGCUCGAGUCUUUGCCAGUCACAGAACAUUUCCCCUGUGGAAGAAUCUGAUCAGAAAUGCAAUCAAAACAACACUGGCAAUGGAGUGUAUCCAAUAUUUCUACUGGGCCAGUUACUGCUGGGCAUUGGCGGUGUUCCCAUACAACCUUUUGGGAUAUCCUACAUAGAUGAUUUUGCAGAAAAGAGGAGUUCACCUUUCUACCUAGGCAUACUUUUCGCAGUUACUGUAAUUGGGCCGGCAUUUGGCUACAUGAUGUCAUCUGCCGUACUUCGUUUCUUUGUUGAUGUUGACAAGAUGUCUUUAGGUGAAACAAAUUUGAAAAAUGAUGACCCCAGAUGGGUUGGAGCUUGGUGGUUGGGAUUCUUGAUAGCUGCCACCCUCCUUCUCCUGACUUCUUUGCCAUACAUGUUUUUCCCUAGGAAGAUGUCCAGAGAGGAAACCGAAGAGGCACCUGCUGAGCCAUCAACAGAGAAAAUGAUGCACGGAACUGUCACGACGGAAGAGGUUUCUCUUACUGAGUUCCUAAAAAGCUUCCCCAGAAUCGUCAUGAGGACUCUGCGGAACCCAAUUUAUUUGUUGGUAGUGUUGGCUCAGGUGAAUCUUGCUGCCAUGGUUGCAGGACUGGCCACAUUUAUGGGCAAAUUCAUAGAGAAGCAGUUUGCAAAAACAUCCUCCUUUUCCAAUAUGAUGAUAGGUGGCAUAAAUAUUCCUUCAGCCAUGUUAGGCAUCAUGGCUGGAGGGGUUAUACUACGCAGAUUUGGUCUGUCUGUCAGGUCCUCAGCGGUGAUGUGUACGAUAGCCGUUUUUGUUAGCAUUAUGUUCGCAACUCCACUUCUCUUCAUUGGCUGCCCCACACAAAAUGUUUCUGAAAUCAAUGUUCAUAACUGUUCCGAAGAAGCAUUCAACCCUGUGUGUGUCUCAAACAGAGUGGAGUUUCGCUCUCCCUGUCAUGCAGGAUGUAAGAUAGAAAUGCGCUGUGCAGACAAAGUUUUGAACUACACAGAUUGUGGACCGUUAACUGGUUUUGCGUCACCAGGACCAUGUGAUAAUGGUUGUAAUAAUCGCCUUAUUCCCUUCAUGAUCCUGUCCUCCAUCACAUGCUUUGUGGCUUCACUUUCACAUACUACAUCUUUUAUGAUGAUCCUCAGGACUGUGACUCCAGAAGACAAGUCUUUUGCCUUGGGAAUUCAGUUCAUGCUGUUUAGAGUACUCGCAUUCCUCCCAGCACCAGUGCUGUAUGGCCGCGCAAUUGAUACCGCAUGCCGUCUGUGGGGAAAGAAAUGUAAUACGACAACAUCAUGUCAUUACUACAAUUUAGACAUGUUCAGACACAGAUUCAUUGGACUCCAGAUAUUCUUUAUAUGUGGUGGCUUUGUCUGUUUCUUCCUGUCUUUUAUGGUGCUUCGGAGGAUAAAUUCAACUCAGCAACGGAACGAGAAAAUGAACAACCAGAUCAAAAGUGAAAGUUCCCAAGAAAUGAAAGAUGUCAAACAGAUGGUUAGCAAAUCAAAUGGACACUGCAAUACUCAAAGGGUCCUUAGAAAGUAAACACAGAAGUGAAUAGAAUGAUGGGAAUGUCUUGUGGGGUGGAAGUUAGUAAGGCUUAAGAAACGUGGAUUUUCCCAGCUUACCAUAAAUGGAACUACUCAAACAGGCCAGAUUUCUGACACAGGACGAAACCAGACUGUGAACAUGCUCAUUUCUACAAACAGUUGUCAUCAGUCAAACAUAAUAAUGCAAGGAAUCAAAGUCCACUUUAAAAUACAUUUUAUUGUUCCUGGAUUAUCUCUGCCAGUAAGCCUGAAAUAUUUUCCUUGCUUUUCCUUGGUUUAUAAAUUUUGUUUGUGAGCAGUCAUUUUUAUAUGCUGACAAUGUGAAAAUCUGAGUAGUGUUAUUUGAACUUAUUACUUAGUGCAGACAAACAGCCAAGUAUGUCUAUAUAUAAGAAAAAAUCGUGUUGUUGUGGUGCUUUUUCUUCAACUGUGAUGUGUUUAUAACAAGCUCUUUGGUCAUUUUUGAACGCAUAUUAUUUUACUUUUUUUUUUUUUUUUUUUUUUUGUUACAAUGUAUGUAAAAUGUGCUACUGAUUAAAUGUUUAAAUCUAAGGUGGAUGAAUUCAUAUUAGAGCAUCUGAAGAUUUUAUAUGAUUUUUUUAUUUUUAUUUUACUAUGAUACAUUUAUGGAUAACCAGUCACAUGAUCAUAUGUGGAAUAUACCUUCAUAUAAAUAUACCGUACAUGUGUUUAAUCAAGAUUUUAUAUCACUUGUAUACGUGUUGUACUAUAAGGCUGAAAUGAAAAUACACAUUUCAAAUCUCAUAAA